CGUGAAUAUGAGGGCAUGUCUACUGUGUGAACGCACGAGGCCAAACAUUAAUAAAGAGCUGCUGCCCUCGCGCUGUCCUCGCAGACAUCACACAGGGUUUUUUUUACCCGGGAAACACGCACAAAGUGAACCGGCAGGAUCGCGCGGGUGUCGCGGCUCUAGUGAUUAAAUUCCUCGCGCAGAGAUCAGCAGCACUGAAGCACCGCAGAGGAGCAGAGAGUCACUGACAGGCGCUCGGCGGGGCGGGAUGGACUACAGUUAUGAUACGGACCUGGAAGAGUUGUGUCCGGGUUUCUUUAAGAGGACCGUACAGAAUAACAAACGGUACACAUGUGCAGAGAGUCAAGACUGUAAGAUUGAUAAAACCCAGAGAAAACGGUGUCCAUUCUGCCGCUUCCAGAAAUGUCUGAACGUCGGGAUGCGGCUGGAGGGUGAGCGGAACAGCCUGUUUAAUCUCGAAUUCAGUUCUGGAUGAACUGCAUCUGAAAUUCAUAAAGGAUAUUUCGAGCUGUCCGUGCUGACAGGAUGCGAGGAGGGCGCAAUAAAUUCGGCCCCAUGUACAAACGAGACCGGGCGUUAAAGCAGCAGAAGAAAGCUCUCAUCCGGGCGAGUGGCUUAAAGAUGGAAGCCACGCCCCCUUUGCUGUCAUCACCGCAGUCUGACUACAGCUUCAGCACUGCUCUCUCGGUUCCAGCUCAAAAAAACACCCACCCGAACAUCAGCACCCCAGUGGCCCCUACCGAUUAUGAACGCAGCCUGUACGCAUCCAGUUCCCUGAGCUUAUCUGUCCCCAUCCCGGCCCACACCCCUCUCCCAGCACAGUACCCGUAUCCAAACCUACCCAGCCGUGCCAUCAAGUCUGAGUAUCCCGACCACUACACAAGCUCAGAGCACUACACCAGCACCAGCUCCCCAGAAUCGGUUCCAGGCUACACGUACAUCGAUCAGAUGCGAGUGUCGACCAGCCCAGCUGUGGCCCUGCCGGGCUUGACGGUACCGCCGUUGGUUCUGGAGUUUGUUCGCUGUGAGCAAGAUGAGCUGCAGGUGCAAAGCAAGAUAAGCGCUCACCUGGCCCACCUGCAGCAGGAACAGAACUCUCGGAGUGCGGCGGCCAAUCAGGAACAGAACACACGCCUCGCAGCCAAACAGGAACGACUCAGCACCUUCGGCCUGAUGUGCCACAUGGCCGAUCAGACGCUCUUCUCUAUCGUGGAAUGGGCACGUAGCUGCAUCUUCUUUAAGGAGCUCAAGGUGGGAGAUCAGAUGAAGUUGCUGCAUAAUUGCUGGAGUGAGCUUCUUGUGCUGGAUUACAUCGCCAGACAGUUGCAUCAUGGGAAAGAGGACAGUGUGCUUCUCAUUACUGGACAGGAGGUUGAGCUCGCGUCUUUGCUGGCCCAGGCAGGGGUCACUCUGAGUGGGAUGAUACAGAGAGGUCAGGAGCUGGUGCAUCGUCUACAAGAGCUUCAGCUGGACCGCAGAGAAACUGCCUGUCUUAAAUACCUCAUCCUCUUUAACCCUGAUGUGAAACUGUUGGAAAACCAGCCUUACGUCGAGAGCGUGUACGAGCAGGUGAACGCCGCGCUGUUGGAGUACACACUGUAUGCGUAUCCGCAAUUCCCGGACAGGUUUAGCCAGAUUCUGCUGCGCCUUCCCGAGCUCAGAGCGCUGAGCGCGCAAGCCGAAGACUACCUGUGCUACAAACACCUGAGCGGAGAGGUGCCGUGCAACAACCUCCUCAUAGAAAUGCUGCAUGCCAAGAGAACCUGCAUCUGACACAAACGCACAUUCGCACACAACAGCCUGAUUCCUUCGCAGCUGACGCUGUUAUCGACUACAUGUUUUGCAGCAGUCAUCUCCCGCACAGAGAAAACCUCAUCAACCAUGCCACUGUGUUUCUGAACGAGGAAGAGGGGAGAUGUCAGUGUUAAUGACUGUGUCUUAAAAAUAAAGGUUCUUUAUUGCCAUUGACGGUUCCAUGAAGAACUUCUAACACCCAUGGAACUUUUCAGUUAUACAAAAAAUUCUUUGUAGUAGAAAAAAAAAGAGAUUUUUAAAAUGUUACACUAAGAAAAACAUUGUUGUUUUAAGAACUGUUCACUGAAAGGUUCUUUGGGGAACCAAAAAUGUUUUUUCUAUGGCAUUGCUGCAAAAAAAAAAAAAAAAAAAAUUGGAACCUUUAUUUUUAAGAGUGUAUAAAGCACUGCAGAAAUGACAUAUUUUUGUAGGCCAACUCUGAAGUUAGCAUCGUCCUGGUUCCCUCAACAAAAACUCAUUAGGAUUUUCCCAUUGGCUUUUGGAUUAUUAGACACAAUAAGCUAUUCGGCUGACAAAAGGUAGCGAUUCUUACACUCUUUGUUCAUCAAGAUAUUCUUCAGAAUUGAACAAGCCUAAAUACAAUUGCCAGAAGUAAAAAGCUAAAUGAACUACACAACGGAUGCGUGACUUUAACAUCACACCAAGCUUCUGACAACUUUGAGUUAGAAUAGAUUGCAACAGCGCAAUUAUAAACAAAAAUGAUGUGAAAGUGGACUUUUCCUAUUCGGCUGAUGAUGUUUAAUGUUUCCAACAACCUGUUAGCAAUCGCCUUUUUCAAGACAAGUAAAAUGUUUUUUUUUUUUUUAAUUUCCGUAACACUUUACUUAAAGCCUUUAUGUAUAAUGCAUUAUAGAGGUAUUCAUAAUACAUGUUAUAAUGCAUUAUAUCUUUUUAUAAAUAAUUGUAACCAAAGUUAAAGGAUUAGUUCACUUUAAAAUAAAAAUUACCCCAAACUUUACUCACCCUCAAGCCAUCCUUGGUGUAUAUGACUUUCUUCUUUCUGAUGAACACAACCGGAGUUAUAUUAUAAAUAUCCUGACGCAUCCGAGCUUUAUAAUGUCAGUGAACGGGACCAACGAGUAUGAAGCUGAAGAAAGUGCAUCCAUCCAUUAUAAACGUACUCCACCCGGCUCCAGGGGGUUAAUAAAGACCUUCUGAAGCGAAGCGUGCGUUUGUGUAAGAAAAAUAUCCAUAUUUAACAAGUUAUGAAGGAAAAUAUCUAACUUCCACCAGAACGCCUUCCGUAUUCAACUUAUAAAGAAAGUGUAACGCCUCUAAGAGUUCAAAGCGCUUAUGCUACGUCCUACACCUUCCGCAUUCAACUUAAAAUUUAAAUUCAGCUUAAGUUGAAUAUGGAAGGCGUAAAUUUUACUUUGUAACAUAAUUAUGGAUAUUUUUCUCACACAAAUGCAUUGCUUCACUUCAGAAGGCCUUUAUCAAAGUAUGUUUAUAAUGGAUGGAUGCACUUUCUUGAGCUUCAUACUCGUUGGUCCCAUCACUGCCAUUAUAAAGCUUGGAUGCGUCAGGAUAUUUAUUAAUAUAACUCAGAUUGUGUUCAUCAGAAGGAAGAAAGUCAUAUACACCUAGGAUGGCUUGAGAGGUGAGUAAAGCUUGGACUAAUUUUCAUUUUAAAGUGAACUAAUUCUUUAAAAUGCAUUAUAUUCCUUGUUACAUCUGAAAUUGGUUGUUUGUCAUGCAUUUCUAAUAGCAUAACGUAAGUUUUUUAAUGUAUUAUAACUUUGUUCUUGAGACCACACAAUGCAAUAUAAGGUGGAUUACAAGGCAUAAUUAAUGCUUUAAAAAUACUUUUAUAAUGCAUUAUAUAUUUAUAGGCCUUAAGUAAAGUGUUACCAAAAUCUCAAGGGGGUAUUAUUGAUGUAUUUUAUAUUGUAGAAUAAAACGUGAACAUAUCUUGAGCUUGUGUUCACUACAGACUUUAUUUCAGGCAUUUAACCAAAAACCCAUUUAAACAAUCAGGACAUGGAUGCUAAAAUGCUAACUCGAUUCCAGGUUAUGGCUUAAAAAUACAUCAUUCUUGCAGCACACUAUUUAAAAAAACAACAGAUUGUGCCUUCCCUCUCUUUACACACACACACACACACACACACACUGAGAAGCACUUCUUCUUUAAAAAAAAAAAAAAAAAAGAAGAAGAAGAAACAACAAAAAAAGAACAGGAAUCAAAAGACAAAGUGAGGCAUAGUCACAGCCAAGAACCACCCAGACAGGGAGCGACAGCAUGACCGUCAUGUCAUAAGAAAUAUUUCAAGAAAUACAAAAUGAAGUAAAGCACUAAUGAAAAAGAAAGCUGGUGAAAUCUAAUGAUUUCCUCAAGAGGAGACAGUAAACGAGCUAAAUAACCUUCAUUAACAUUCCCUUUUUAAGACUGAAAGCGAGAAAGAGAGGGAAGGCUCCAUUCAACAAAGCAUUUCCUGCGCACACAUAAUAGCUCUGUCAUAUAACCUAGUGAGCUGCCUACUUGGACAGCAUCAUAUACGUUUUUUUCUAAAUGUAGACUAAGAUUUUAUAUUUUUGUAUGGCCAAAACCUCACCUGAAGUCAAUCACGCAGAGAGAAAAAAAAAGAAAGACAUUAAAUAAAAAAUUAUAUAAUCAUAGAAAAAUAGAAAUUAUGUACACUAUACAGUUCAAAAGUUUGGGGUCAGUAAGUUUGCUUUUUAAUUAUUUUUUUAUUUUUAUUUUUUUAAAGAAGUUAAUGCAUUUAUUCACAAGGUUGCAUUACAUUGAUCCUAAAGUUACAGUAAAGACAUUUAUAAUGCGCAAAAAAAGAUUCUUUUGAACUUUCUAUUCAUCAAAGAAUCGUGAGGAAAAAAAAAUGUAUCAAGGUUUCAACAAUAAGCAGCACAACUGUUUUCAAGACUGAAAAUAUUAAGAAAUAUUUCUUGAGUGGCAAAUCAGCAUGUUAGAAUGAUUUCAUGUGACUGUUUUUGUGAAAGAAAUUAAUACUUUUAUGUAUCAUGGUUUAAUGUAUCAUGGUUUCCACAAAAAUAUUAAGCAGCACAACUGUUUUCAACAUUGAUAAUAAUAAUGUUUCAAAUCAGCAUAUUAGAAUGAUUUCUGAAGGAUCGUGUGACACUGAAGACUGGAGUAAUGAUGCUGAAAAUUCAGCUUUGAUCACAGGAAUAAAUUACAUUUUAAAAUAUAUUAAAACAGUUAUUUAAAAUUGUAAUAAUGUUUCACAAAAUUACUGUUUUAAUGUAUUUUUGAUAGCUUUGAUGAGCAUAAGACACAUCUUGUGCUCAAAAACAUUUCAAAAUCUUUCUGACCCCCAACUUUUGAAUGGAAGUAGUGGAUAUGUAAAUUAUUAAAAAUAAUUUGCCUAUUUGAGUACAUUAUUGUCUAAUAACCGUACUAACACUAGACUCUAUUGUCAAAACUAUCAUAUUUUGUGCCACGUUGAUGCUGAUGCUGUCUAUGUAGAUUAUUAGUCACUUAUCAUGAUUAGGACACUACCUUAGAAGGCAGCUACAUAAGCAUUACAGUUCGUAGACAGCAAGGCAGCUCACUAGGUUUUGGAACAGAGCUUAAUGCCUGUACAAGUACUCAUCAGUCAUGGCAGAUGGCAUGCUCAAACCCACACACUAACACCAGAAGAUUGUGUAUGUUUAAAAAGCUCUGAGUGUGUGCGCCGUCUAAGUGUGUGUGCACAUGCUUGAGAAAAGGGGAGGUAAAUUAGGAUUUGCAAUUCUGCCUUAACACUAACACUGUUGAUCCUGUGAAGCUGAGAGUAUAAAUCAGCAUAAAUAACUAUUAGAUGUGCGUUCGUGUCUCUGUGCGUUCUAAUGUGUGUGUGUAAGAGAGAGUGUGUGUGACUGUUAAGAAAGGACAUCUCAAUACGCCCCUCUCAAGCUUAGGCUAAGCUGAUUAUGAUAUCUCAGCAUGUUUCUGAUUGGUUCAUUUUUGUAUAGUGGAGUGUCUGAUUGGUCAAGUUCUCUUUCAUGUAACAUGUUUGUGUUAAUAACAUUUGAUAUGAGUGUGCUUAACUGUAUUGUUUCAAAUGAAUAAAUACAAAUUAUUUAAACCUGUA